AUGCAAAGGACCGUUCCCUCUCGCAAGCGACCCGCUCCCGGCGCCUCCCCGAUGGUGAACCAGCAGACUUCAGCCGGGGGCGGCAUGGGCUUGACUCCGCACUCGCAGGAUCCGCAACAGUACUCCAAUGACCAAUUCAUGUCCGGCUGGAGUGACCCCGCCGCCAUGAACGGCGUUCCCGCCUACACCGACCCCACCCUCUACGACCCAAACCUCAUAGCUGGCCUCCAGAAUGGCAUGUCCUACACCAACGGCCAGCGCCUUCCCGCCGACCAGGUGCCGAACAACCAGCUCGUCCGCCGCAGCAAUAACCAUCAGCUCACUUCGCGAGAGUACGGCGGAUACAACCACAUGGGCCAGAAUGCAUGGGAGAACGAAGACGAUGAGGAUCUGGAGGCGCAGGCUCUGAGAGCUCGCAAGGAAGCACAGGCGAAAAGGAAGCAGAUUCCCCCGUUUGUGCAGAAGCUCAGCAGCUUCCUGGACAACUCGAAUCACACUGACCUCAUCCGAUGGUCUGACGACGGCAAUUCCUUCAUAGUCCUGGACGAAGACGAGUUUGCCAAGACGCUGAUCCCCGAGCUCUUCAAGCACAACAAUUAUGCCUCGUUCGUGCGACAGCUGAACAUGUACGGGUUCCACAAAAAGGUCGGCCUGUCCGACAACUCGAUGAAGCAAGCCGAGCGCCGCGACAAAAAGACCCCCAGCGAGUACUUCAACAAAUACUUCAAGCGCGGAAGGCCCGAGCUCCUCUGGCUCAUCCAGAAGCCGAAGAACCCCCAGUCGAGCUCGAAACGGAAGAGGGACGACGACAAGAAACACGACAGCGAUGACGACACACGGAAGGAGAAUGACGGUAACGGCGAAGGCUCGGCCAAGGACAUGCAACUCAUCUCCAAGUCGGACUACAAUACCAUGCGCAGCGAAAUCCGCCAGCUGCAACAGCAGCAGAAGCUGAUCUCCGGCAUCAUCCAGCAGAUGCGCCGUCAAAACGAGCAAUGGUAUCAGCAAGCCAGCCAGUUCCAGAAAAUGCACGAGCGCCAUGAAAGUUCCAUCAACGCCAUCCUCACUUUCCUCGCAACUUUUUACAACCGGAGCCUCGAGGGUCAGAACGGCGUCAACAUGAACCUAGCAGACAUGUUCCCUUCGUCGAUAUCUCAGAAUAACCAGAACCAGGGUAGUGUUGUAGAUAUGGGCGAUUUCCCCGACGUCGACAUGUCGUCAAAAAAAUCCCCGGGGCCCCGUCCCAACAAACGGCCUCUGGCCCUGCUGCCUCCCCCUACGGCAAGAGAAACCAAGUCGCCGAGCCCGCACGUUACGACUCAGAGCCCAGAAUCAUCCCGCCCUGGAGUCGGUUCCAGGACUCAUAGCCGGUCACAGAGCUUCCAGCCUCCGCAACAGCAGCGACAGCCAAGGCCGCGGAACCUAAGCACCAGCCCGCAAACGCCACUUGACCACAAUUUCACGUCGGCCGCUCCCAGCCCAGCCAUCAAAUCCGAGACAUCUCCGGGAGUACAGGCUCCGGAGAACACAGAAGACAUGAUGUCUGUCAUCAACUCCGUCAAUGCAAAUUCCAACACGGCUACGACGGGCCCGCAAUUCGAUUUCCCCGCAGCCCUGUCACACUUCCAAACAGCAGACGGUAACACACCCCUGACUCAACAGCAGCGCGAGGACAUGCUCUCGUUGAUGAACGCAGCCACUCCUUCAGCAGACGGUGACUCCAAUGGUGCAAACAACGCUCUGAUCAACCCUCAACCCCCGCCUAUGCCGACGCUUGAGCACUUUGGAGCUCAUCAAGAACAACUUGACAUGCUUCAGCGCUUGCAGGAAGAACAGGCCGCUCGCGUGCAGAAUCUUUCCGAUCGGCUAGCCCCAAUGAGCCCCGGUGGCUCCAUCCCCGGCUGGUACAACAGUCAUGCAAAUGCGCCGCCCAAUGACUUUGACCUUGAUACAUACAUUCACACGGAUGGCGACAACUACUUCACAGAUGCUGCUCCAACGGCAACCGGUGUGCACGAUGACCAUAUGCCGUCACUUCCCACCGACGACAACUUUGAUUUCGAUUUCGGAAAUGUCGACAACAAUGUGAGCUUCUCUCCCGCAAAUCCUACUCAGAGCCUGUUCGGCCAUGAGACUGCAAGUGAUGGAGCGGAGAAUGGAGGGGGCCGCAUUGUAGAGAGCGUUCCCAGCAGCGGAUCGAACAGCCCAGCCGAAAAUGGUGACAAGGAUGGUCUUGCCAAGCCCAAGUCUCCCCGCAAAAAGAGGAAGACUGGUUGA